AUGGCAGAGUAUAGCCACAUGCAAAAGCAAGUGGAUUUACAAAAUGGUGGCUUAGAAGAAGAAUUUGGGGUGCAUUCUCUGGAGAGCGAUCCCCAAAACAUGGAGAACCUAAGCCAGAAGAAAUACUCUUCCAGUCUGAAGUUUAAAGCCAAUGGAGACUAUUCAGGCUCCUAUCUAACCCUCUCACAACCUGUGCCUACUAAGAGAAGCCCUUCUCCUUUGGGUACCAAUGCCAGAAGCAGCCCCUCCUUGGCCAAAAUCCAGGGAAGCAAACAGUUCCCCUGCGAUGGAACUGAGAAAAAUCCUUCCAUGAAACCUCCCACUCCUUUCCUCAGCACUACAGCUUCGCUCGGUGGAUAUCCACUUGGGAGAGCAGAUUUUGAUCAUUAUACUGGUCGAGACAGUGAAAGGUCUUUAAGGAUCUCAGAGAAGCCUCCCUAUUCCAAAUAUAGCUCUAGAAAUAAAUCACACGACAACGUCUACUUUAUUGGAGGACUGGAAGGAAGAAAGGCAUCUGGCUCGCUCCUGGCCAUGUGGAAUGGAGGAUCUCUGAGCGAAUCUGGUCCCUCCUCCACAAGCAGGUCGGGAGCGGCAAGCAUGCCUUCAAGCCCAAAGCAAGCCAGGAAAAUGAGCGUUCAGGACAACCUAGCACUUCAGCCCAAGCUAACCAGACGCAAGGAGCCGGCAUCUGAAAACAUCAGUUUACGAACUCGGAAAUAUUCAGGGAGCAGUCUGAGUCACAUGGGAGCCUAUAGCCGAUCGCUUCCCAGAUUGUACAAAGCCACAGAGAACCAGAUGACACCUCUCAGCUUGCCUCCCAGAAACUCUCUGGGCAAUUCUAAGAGAAGCCGACUGGGGGACAAGGAUCUACCUCAUAGCAUAAUAGACAAUGACAAUUACCUUAAUUUUUCUUCUCUAAGCUCAGGGGCUUUCCCCUAUAAAACUUCUGCAUCAGAGGGCAGUCCUUAUGUAAGUUCCACCCUCAGUGUCCCUGCCAGUCCUCGAGUGGCUCGGAAGAUGCUUCUGGCCUCCACCUCCUCUUGCGCCUCUGAUGACUUUGAUAGGGUUCCAUACUCGGGGACGAGCCCAAGUCAGUCAUUUGCUGUAGGAGAUCCAGACAGGGUGUUCAUGACGAGGAGGAACUUCUCUUGUGGCUCUGUGGAGUUUGAUGAUGAGGAUUUGGACAGCCUCAGACAGGCCUCAGGGACUCCCCAGCCUGUCCUUCGAGAACGGAAAAGUAGCAUUAGCUCAAUUUCUGGACGUGAUGACCUGAUGGAUUAUCACCGGCGGCAGAGGGAGGAAAGACUCAGGGAGCAGGAGAUGGAGCGACUGGAGAGACAGCGCCUGGAGACCAUCCUCAGUCUCUGUGCUGAGUACACAAAGCCUGACAGCUGCUUGUCGACAGGCACCACAGUGGCAGAUGUGCAGAAAAUCAACAAGGAGCUUGAGAAACUGCAGCUCUCUGAUGAGGAAUCAGUGUUUGAAGAUGCGCUGGUGUGCCCUGACACAAGAUACAGGUGCCACCGGAAGAGCUCUCUGCAUGAUGUCGACUUGGCAGGCUUCGGAAGCCUCAGUCCCGGCAGUGCCAGCUUCCUCACCUCCAGGAGCAUUAGGAAUGAUGAACCGCUCCGUGACCUUUCCAGGAACCCCCUACAGCACCCUUCCACCUUUCUGAAGGCAUCCAGCGAGUCCUCUUAUUUAAGCAUCCUACCAAAGACCCCCGAGGAUAUAAGUGAAGAACAGAGGACUCAGGAGUUGGCCGCAAUGGAAGACUCAUGGAUAAUAAUUCUGAACAACCUUGAGGAGCUUGAACAAAAAAUCAAAGAUAUAAAUGACCAGAUGGAUGAAUCUUCCAGAGAGUUGGAUAUGGAAUGUGCUCUUUUGGAUGGAGAGCAGCAAUCUGAGACAACUGAACUUAUGAAGGAGAAGGAGAUUUUGGAUCAUCUUAACAGGAAAAUAGCAGAACUGGAAAAGAACAUUGUUGGUGAAAAGACCAAGGAGAAGGUAAAGCUUGAUGCUGAAAGGGAAAAACUAGAGAGGCUUCAGGAGCUUUACUCCGAGCAGAAGACCCAGCUGGACAAUUGUCCUGAGUCCAUGAGGGAACAGUUACAACAACAACUGAAGAGGGAUGCUGAUCUGUUGGAUGUUGAAAGCAAACACUUUGAAGACCUGGAAUUCCAGCAGCUUGAACACGAGAGCCGUCUAGAUGAGGAAAAGGAGAACUUGACUCAGCAGCUCUUGCGUGAGGUGGCUGAAUAUCAACGAAACAUUGUCACUAGAAAGGAAAAAAUUUCUGCAUUAAAAAAGCAAGCCAAUCACAUUGUCCAACAGGCUCAGAGAGAGCAAGAUCAUUUUGUGAAAGAAAAGAAUAAUUUAAUAAUGAUGCUACAAAAAGAAAAGGAGAAUCUUUGUAAUUUGGAAAAGAAAUACUCCAGCCUCUCUGGGGGAAAAGGUUUUCCUGUUAACCCUAAUACUCUAAAAGAGGGCUAUAUCAGUGUAAGUGAAAUUAAUGAGCCCUGUGGCAAUUCCACGAAUCUGUCCCCUUCCACUCAGUUCCCUGCUGAUGCUGAUGCUGUUGUCACUGAGCCUGCCUCAGCUGUGCCGGGGAGCCAGCCCCAGAGUUCAGAGCAAAGAUCAUCUGUCUGUUCUGGAUUUAUGUUUCCUUCCACCCUUUCUCCUCAUCCUAUCACUGAACCUUCAUUAGCUUCUUGGCCCGAAGUCAUGGCUACAUCUGUCGAUCCUUUCCCUUUAAAUGACACACCUCCACCUCUGCCAGCUAAGAAACACAGAAGGCAACAGCAGCAGGAACAACAGCACUUUAGAAGUCUGGAAGAAAGGAAAAAACAGCAUAAAGAAGGCCUCUAUCUGAGUGACACUUUGCCUCGAAAGAAAACCACACCUUCCAUCUCCCCACAUUUCAGCAGUGCUACAAUGGGGAGAAGCACCACCCCAAAGGUGCACCUGCCUCUGGGACAGAGCAACAGCUGUGGCAGUGUGCUCCCUCACUCGCUGGCAACUAUGACCAAAGACUCAGAGUCUCGGAGGAUGCUCAGAGGAUAUAAUCACCAACAGAUGAGUGAAGGGCAAAGGCAGAAAUCUGAAUUUUACAACCGCACAGCAUCUGAAUCAAAUGUCUACUUGAAUAGUUUCCAUUAUCCAGGUCAUAGCUACAAGGACCAGGCCUUUGACACCUUGAGCCUGGACAGCUCUGAUAGCAUGGAGACAAGCAUCUCUGCCUGCUCACCUGACAAUAUCUCCAGUGCCAGCACUUCAAAUAUUGCCAGAAUAGAAGAAAUGGAGAGGCUGUUGAAACAGGCUCAUGCAGAAAAGACCCGACUGCUUGAAUCCAGGGAACGGGAAAUGGAAGCCAAAAAACGAGCUCUGGAAGAAGAAAAACGACGCCGAGAAAUCCUGGAAAAACGAUUACAGGAAGAAACUAGCCAGAGGCAGAAAUUAAUAGAAAAGGAAGUAAAAAUACGGGAGAAACAAAGGGCACAGGCUCGUCCUUUGACGCGCUAUCUGCCUGUCCGAAAGGAAGACUUUGACCUGCGGAGUCACGUAGAGACAGCUGGCCACAACAUUGACACCUGUUACCACGUCUCCAUCACAGAAAAGACCUGCCGAGGAUUCCUCAUCAAAAUGGGUGGAAAAAUUAAAACUUGGAAAAAACGUUGGUUUGUUUUUGAUCGGAAUAAAAGAACAUUUUCUUACUAUGCAGAUAAGCAUGAAGCUAAAUUAAAAGGAGUAAUAUACUUUCAAGCCAUUGAAGAAGUGUAUUAUGAUCACCUCAAAAAUGCUAAUAAGAGUCCUAAUCCAUUACUCACCUUUAGUGUCAAGACGCAUGACAGAAUCUAUUACAUGGUGGCUCCCUCACCCGAAGCUAUGAGGAUCUGGAUGGAUGUUAUAGUUACCGGGGCAGAAGGUUACACUCACUUCCUGCUGUAGUGUACGGGAGCACAGUCCACUUCAGGGCAGACUGCAAUAACCUCUUAUAAGAAUGAAGCCAUACCAGAUGCAAUCCCAUAUAGAAAGACCUAAUGGACCCAUCCCUUUAGCUGUGUGCACUCAACUAUUUUCAUAUUGAGAAGUCUUUUAUAAAAAAAAAAUUAAAAGAUGGGAUUUUAAUUCAAAGCUUGAUCUAAACAGCAAAAGAAUCGAAGCUCCUGUGAGAAAUAAAUACGAUUUUGAUAAAUGCAUCACUUAUACAAACAUUUCUUAUGAACUAUUUUUUAUCAGUUGAUUUUGGUUAAAGAAACUAAACAGUUUACAAAAU